AUAGGCCCUGGAACAUCUUUGAAACUCCCUGGAACUAAUCAGAUAGGAGGGCCGAGUCAAGCUGUCAGGCCAAUUACUCAAGCUGGAAGACCCAUUACAGGUUUCCUUAGGCCCAGCACACAGAGCAGGAGGCCAGGCACUAUGGAACAUGCCAUCAGAUCACCAAGAACUGCCUACACAGCCCGCCCUGUCACCAGCUGCUCUGGAUGAUUUGUCAGGCUGGGAACGGCUUCCAUGCUUACAAGUUCUGAUGGACCAUUUAUAAAUUUAUCUAAGCUGAAUUUAACAAAAUAUUCCCAGAAACCUAAAUUGGCAAAGGCUUUGGAUCUGGCUGCCCUUUCCACAGAGCAUUCUCAGUACAAGGACUGGUGGUGGAAAGUGCAGAUUGGAAAAUGUUACUACAGGUUAGGAAUGUAUCGUGAAGCAGAAAAACAGUUUAAAUCAGCUCUGAAGCAGCAGGAAAUGGUAGAUACAUUUCUCUACUUGGCAAAAGUUUACAUCUCAUUGGAUCAACCUGUGACCACUUUAAAUCUUUUCAAACAAGGCUUAGAUAAGUUUCCAGGAGAAGUAACCCUGCUUUGUGGAAUUGCCAGGAUUUAUGAGGACAUGAGUAAUAUUUCAUCAGCAGCUGAAUACUACAAAGAAGUUUUAAAACAAGACAAUACUCACGUGGAAGCCAUUGCAUGCAUUGGAAGCAACCACUUUUAUUCUGAUCAACCAGAAGUAGCUCUCCGGUUUUACAGGCGACUCCUGCAGAUGGGUGUUUAUAACUGCCAGCUUUUUAACAAUCUGGGGCUGUGUUGCUUCUAUGCCCAGCAGUAUGAUAUGACUCUGACCUCAUUUGAACGUGCCCGUUCUCUGGCUGAAAACGAAGAAGAGACAGCUGAUGUCUGGUACAACUUGGGACAUGUAGCUCUGGGAAUAGGAGACAUGAAUUUGGCCCACCAGUGCUUCAGGCUGGCUCUGGUCAACAACAACAACCACGCCGAGGCCUACAACAACCUGGCCGUGCUGGAGAUGCGGAAGGGCCACGUGGAGCAGAUUGGAGAUCUACAGAGAAGUUAUGUUGCUGCACAGAAGUCUGAAGCAGCAUUUCCAGAUCAUGUGGAUACACAACAUUUAAUGAAACAAUUAAAGCAGCAUUUUGCUAUGCUUUGAUCGUUCCUUAGACCAAAUAUGUUCCUAUGAAAAGGCAUUAUACUGAGGGAAAAAAGUAGUGUGUGUGUGUGUGUGUGUGUGUGUGUGUGUGUGUGUGUGUAUACAUAGGAUGUAUAUAUAUAUAUAUGUUAUACAAACCUAUGCUCAAUAUUAGCGAAGGUGAUACGUAAGGGAGUUUAACCAGAAUGUAUAAUGAAAAUUUCAUAAUAAUAGUAACUUUGUAAGAUAAUAUUAUAAAAUAAAGGAUUUAAACAAUUCUAAGUAGAUCAUGAAACUUUCUCCCAUAUUAUAUGGCAAAUGUUUGUAUGUAAUGUUAAUAAAACAUUUUAAUGAAUAUCUUCAAUUUUUAUAUAUGUACAUUUUUAAAGUUCUUAAGCUGACUGUUAGCCAUCAUGUAGAUUAAGAGAUCUAAAGUCUGCCUUUAAAACUACACUGUUAUGGCUAAAAUGUGUAUUUAUCCUAAGUGGAGACUUUAUUUAGGGCUUAAAAAAA